AUUCCAACGGCCAGGCCUCGACUCUGGAAAGUUUCCCCGUGGCCCCAUUUCUCCGCCUGUCUUGUGCCUGGUGGCAGCCCACACGUGGCCCAGCACUGGGUGUGGUAAGAUGAUCCCCACGGGGAAAGGUUCUCUCUCGCAGCCGCUGUCAAAGCAUCCUCUUCCCUCGAAACUCUCUACCGGCCGAGUUGCGCGGAACCUAUAUAGCCGACGACGAUGGCCGCCUUGGACCUUGCGGCCUUGGACUUUCGGCUCGCCCACGACCUCCUAACCAGCAGACAGACCCUCGCGCGAGCUCGCUCUGUGAGACUGUCUCUCUGAGAUUUCUGUGUCUGCGUGCGCUGCCACGAGCCGCCGCCGCUCACAAACUACUUCGUCAUGGCUCCCGCUGCAGCCCAUACCACCGAUGGCAUCUUGACGCCGAUUGACCUCGAGUCUAUUCCCCCCUUCUGGCGACGGAAGAAUGGCAUACUGCUUUACUUUCUCCUGACGUCGUCCCUGCUGGCCAGUGCGGCGCUGGGCAUCGAUGGGGUGAGAUAGAUCCAGACAACAAGAGAAUGAGUAUACACGUGCAUCAGCGGGCUGACGUGCAACGAAACAAAUAACUAGUCCAUGACCAACGGCAUGCAGGUGCUUCCCACCUGGCAGGACCGUUUCGGCCACCCUACGGGAUCCACGCUGGGCUUCUUCGGCGCCUCGAAUGCCAUUGGCGGCGUCAUCCCCUUCCUCUUCCUGGGCUGGAUAGGCGAUGCCUUUGGUCGCCGAGUUCCGACGGCGCUGGGCUCCAUCGUCAUCAUCACGGGCGUCAUCGUCGAGUUCUUCGCCACGUCGCUCAACAUGUACAUUGGCGGCAAGCUCGUCCUGGGCAUCGGCUCGUCGCUCAUCCAGAUGGGCGCCCCCGUGCUCGUCACGGAGCUGAGCCACCCCAAGGAGCGCGUGCAGGUCACCACCUUUUACAACACGUCCAUUGUGCUUGGCUACGUGAUCGGUGCAUGGGCCACGUACGGCUGCUUCCAGAUCCCCAGCCAGUGGUCGUGGCGGCUCCCGACGCUCAUCCAGAUCGUCCCGUCGGCGUACCAGCUCAUCCUCAUCUUUUUCUGCCCCGAGUCGCCGCGCUGGCUCAUCGCCAAGGGCAAGGUGGACAAGGCGCGCGAGAUCCUCAUCAAGUACCACGGCGAGUGCGACCCCAACUCGGAGCUCGUCGCGUUCGAGUGUGCCGAGAUCCAGCAGGUGCUCGAGAGCGAAAAGGAGCAGAACAUGACCUGGGUGGCCUUUUUCUCCUCGGUGCCGAACCUGAAGAGGAUCGGUCUCUGCUUCUGCACAGCGCUCUUCAGCCAGAGCUCGGGCAACCUGCUCGUGUCCAACUACCUGACACAGAUCCUCAAGGACACAGGCGUCAAGGACGACAAGGACAUCACGCUCGUCAACGGCAUGGUGACGCUUUGGCAAUACAUUGUCGCGCUGGCGGUGACGGCCCUCGUCAACAGGUUCAAGCGACGCACCUUUUUCUGCGUCGGCUCCGGCGGCACGCUCGUCACGUUUAUCGUCUGGACCAUCGCGGCGCAGCAGUACCUGGAGAAGGAGUCGCUCGCGGCGGGCCGACUGGUGCUCGCGUGCAUCUUCAUCUUCCAGGCCUUUUACACGUUUGCGUGGACCAACCUGGUGGUGACGUACUCGCUCGAGGUGGUGACGUACCAGAUGCGGGCCAAGACGUGGGCGUUUGUGCUGCUCACGAUCCAAUUGGCGUCCAUAUUUGGAGGGUACGUGAACCCGGUCGGGCUGGCCAACAUUGGGUGGAAGUUUUACAUUUACUACUGCGUCUGGGUCGCCAUCGUCUUCCUGGUCGUGUACUUCUUCUUUGUGGAGACGGCCGGCCCGACGCUGGAGGAGCUCACGUACCUGUUCGAGGGAAGCGACGCGGCCAAGGCGCACAUGAUUGAGACGACGAAGAAGAUGGAGGAGGACCAGACGCACAUUGAGGUGACCAACGACGCGGAGAAGUCGGUCGACGGCGAGAAGCGGCAAUAAUGGAUAGGAAGGAGG